AUUAAAAUCUCCCCACCUUCAACUGAAGAGGAAGUCGUCGCUUUUCUAUAGAUAAAUUUUUUCAUCCUUUCCACGAAACCCUAUUUUCGGCAGCAUCCAUCCGCGGCGGAGCUUUGGAACGACAACCGAGUUCAGCGGCCCUCAUGAUGUGGACCUUUUUGGGUAUCGCCUCCUUCAUUUACGUGUAUAAAAAGUGUGGAGACCUCAUGACUUACGCUAACAAGGAGGUGCUGCUCUCCGUGCUGGUGUUUUUCUCGCUCGGCUUGGUGCUGUCCUACAGGUACCACUUCAGGGGGCCCCGGCAGCGGCAGCAGCAGAAGCAGAAGUCGCACCUGGGGGUGCUCUCUGAUGUGCUCUCGGCAUUGCCGCUGGUUGGCUUCUUCUGGGCCAAACCCAGCCCGGCGUCUCAGCAAGUUGAACAACCCAAAUCCAGAAAGGGUAAAAGAGAAGUGAACUUCUCAGAUGUAUAUCUGACAGAGACCGCUCCAAAUACAACAUUGUCACCCCAAUAUGAUCCAGAAAUUAUCAUUGUGGGAUCAGGUGUCCUUGGUUCUUCCUUGGCCACGGUGCUUUCAAGAGAUGGAAGGAAGGUGACUGUGAUAGAGAGGGAUCUGAAAGAACCUGACAGGAUAGUUGGAGAAUUGCUGCAGCCUGGAGGAUUUAAUGCUCUUCGAGACUUGGGUCUUGAAGAUACAGUAGAAGGUAUUGAUUCACAAAUAGUAAAUGGUUACAUAAUUCAUGAUCUAGAGAGCAAAUUGGAGGUUGAAAUUCCUUAUCCAACAUCUGAAGACGGACGCGUGGCCAGUGGAAGAUCUUUUCAUCAUGGCCAGUUUAUCAUGGGUCUCCGAAGAGCAGCGAUGGCAGAGCCCAAUGCAAAAUUCAUUGAAGGGACUGUGUUACAGUUACUUGAGGAAGAUGACUGUGUUGUGGGCGUUCAGUACAAGGACAAAGAAACUGGUGACACUAAGGAACUUCAUGCUCCACUUACAGUUGUAGCUGAUGGACUUUUCUCCAAAUUCAGGAAAAACUUGAUAUCCAGCAAGGUUACUGUUUCAUCCCAUUUUGUUGGUUGCAUUUUGAAGGAUGCAUCACAGUUUAAAGCUAAUUAUGCUGAACUUGUUUUAGCUAAAACGAGUCCAGUGCUAAUCUAUAAGAUAUCUUCAACUGAAACUCGGGUGCUUGUUGAUAUUCGAGGGGAAAUGCCAAAAAAUUUAAAAGAGUACAUGAUUGAGACCAUUCAUCCACAAUUACCUGAUCAUUUAAAGGAGCCAUUCUUAAUAGCAGUUCAGAAUGAUCGUUUAAGGACUAUGCCAGCCAGCUUCUUGCCUCCCUCAGCUGUAAACAAGAAAGGUGUUCUUCUUUUAGGAGAUGCAUAUAAUAUAAGACACCCUUUAACUGGUGGAGGAAUGAGUGUUAUUUUAAAUGAUGUUAAAAUAUGGAGAAGUUUGCUCCAGGAUAUCCCAGACCUUUAUGAAGAUUCUGAUGUUCUUAAGGCAAAAAGAACAUUUUACUGGUCAAGAAAAAAAUCUCAUUCUUUUGUAGUGAAUGUUCUUGCCCAGGCACUUUAUGAGCUCUUUGCUGCCACAGAUGAUUCCUUGCAUCAGCUAAAGAAAGCCUGUUUCCAUUACUUCAGACUUGGAGGAGAAUGUGUUGCAGGUCCUGUUGGAUUGCUCUCAGUGUUAUCUCCUAAACCAAUGGUACUGAUUGGCCACUUCUUUGCUGUGGCCUUGUAUGCUGUUUAUUUUUGCUUUAAGUCAGAGUCCUGGAUCACCACACCUCGAGCAAUUUUCAGUAGUGGAGCUAUUCUUUACCGGAGCUGCUCUAUAAUAUUUCCACUCAUUUACUCUGAAAUGAAGUAUUUAGUCUAUUAAAAUCCAGGGGAAAGUGACUGGAGGAAGAAAGCAUGAAAUUCACAAUGCCUUCAAAAUCUUUGGACAUGUAUUAUUUAAUAUUGUAUCAUGUUCUCCUCAAAAUGCAAUUUCCUUGAUAAGGUUUUAACUUAAUUUUGGUUUUGUGGUUAUAUACAUAUAUAUUAUAUGUAAAUAUUCUUUUCUUUGCAAUUUAAGUUCAAAAAGGAGUUAGCUGUUUACAAAGACCAUCAUUAAGUGUUGACGUGGUAGAUAAUUGCCAGUUUUGACAGAAUUUCUUUCCUUGCUUUAUGCAUUGCUGAGUGCACCACUAAUAUUAAUAAACUGAGAAGUGAAAACUGUAAA